AGUCCUUUAAUGGACUUGUUCUCAAGUAGUGCCAAAUUUCUCCGCCAAUUAUCUGGCAACAAAGGUGGCCAAGGAUCCACCAUUUCCCAGAUGGACUCCACAGAACCAGUAUCAUGUCAAAUCCAAAAAGUAUGCAGAACUGCACUGUUAGCACAGAUUACCAUGAGCAUGGUAUUUAAACAGGACAAUGGGGUCUUUGUGUUUGUUAAUGUAUACAUGGUGUAUGUGUCACAUGUGCAAAUCCGCACACUGACUGAAAGGUUUAAUGUUCUUUUUCCACAUAAUGCCAUGAUACCAAAUGUGUUGCAGACUCUUUUCCGGUUUCAAGCAGAAAAAUCCAGACAAAACGCUCUGACAUAAAAUAAACUCAGUCAAAAUCGGCUAUUGUAUAGAAUGCUGGGAAGAUCCCCCCAGAGUUGGCCAUUUCAAUUUACAAUGGUGUAUAAUACAGUCCAAUUACCUAAUCGGUUUGUACCUUGUUUAGAUGCCUUUAAUGGUCCUGUACUUUGGCUGACAAUAAUCCAUUGGUAUUCCACACAGAAGUCCUAGACUAAAUUACAGUGCUGUAAAAAAGCUAAUUAUCAUACUGCUGAGUCUUACACUAAGCCCCAAAGAUUGUUAUAAUGAUCUCAGCUAUUAGAAUCAAGCAGCUAGGUUUUUAGGACGUCAGCUAGGGUUCAUACAGGUCACAUUGGAAUCUGGAGUGCUGAACCAUAUUUUAUACUUGAAUGUAAACACAAAGGAAAUGUUUCAUGAAAAAUAGACUCUACAGUGCAACUAAGGUUAGGAAUAUAUAACACAAGGCAGAUUCAAUACAUAUCUAGAUAAACAAUCAGUGAUUUAAUUAAAAAAAACAUUUAUGGGCAGAAUGAUUCGAUUCAGUAUCAGAGCGAUAUGAUUCUCAAUAUGAUUCUGGGAAGAGAAAUGUAAUGGAAGAUAUUUGCACAUGUGUGAACCAUCGUGCACCUUGACUUGACUGAACCAAUUCUAUAAAAUGAUAUUUAUCUGACAUUAUUUUCAAACAUGUGCAGUUGCUUUAUGGUAUUGUAAUUUUUUUUUUUAAAUCUAUCCAUCAUCUGUCCAUCCAAUCAAUCCAUUUUCUGUACCGCUUAUUUUCAAUAUGGCCGCGGGUGUGCUGGAGCCUAUCUGUCAUGGGAGAAUUACCAUCACCACAACAAGUAGGAAGUCUAGAGACAAUAGACACGGACACCAAAGGCAAGAUUCUGGCCAGGAGCGAUGAAGCCACAACCUGGGACGUAUUCCAAGAAAUCACAGAGAUCUUCAUUUUGCUUCCUGCCAUGUUGGGCAUGAAGGGAAACCUGGAAAUGACGCUUGCUUCUCGACUGUCAACGGCUGUAAAUGUGGGAAAAAUAGAACUUGCAAAUGAAAAGUGGACGCUGAUCAUUGGCAACCUGGGGCUCAAGCAGCUACAAUCGACUGUUCUGGGCCUUUUAGCAUCCCUAAUGGCUAUCGUUUUGGGCUGGAUUGCCGAUGGAAGGUUACCAUUGGAUCACGUCGGCCUUCUGUGUUCAACCAGUGUUUGUACCACAUUUGUGGCUUCACUGUUCCAGGGUAUUAUAAUGGUGGGACUGAUUAUCGGCUCAAAGCGAAUUGGGAUCAACCCUGACAAUGUGGCCACACCCAUUGCAGCCAGCUUUGGAGACCUUAUCACUUUGGCCUUACUGGGCUGCUUCAGUCAGUGGUUCUACUCCUUCAUGGACUUGUAUUCGUAUGUGUUGUACCUCUUGGACCUGUUUUUGUUGUGCCUGAUACCUCUUUGGAUUGUGAUCUCCUCCAAACAUGCCGCGAGUCGGCUCCUACUCCGGACUGGGUGGGAACCAAUCAUCACAGCAAUGGUCAUCAGCAGUAUGGGUGGACUUAUUCUUGACAAGACUGUGUCAGACCCUAACUUGGCUGGAAUCAUACUUUAUGCCCCAGUUAUCAAUGGCAUUGGAGGAAACCUUGUCUCCAUACAAGCGAGCCGCAUUUCCACACAUUUGCAUUUGAAUUUCUCAUCUGGAAAGGUUCCUGAAGAUCGUAGGAGAUGCCAGCAACCGUGUGGCACCUUCUUUGGUUCAGCAGGACCAAAUCACAAAUCUGCAAAAGUCCUGCUUCUUAUGGUCAUCCCGGGCCAGCUGAUUUUCUUAUACGUUAUUCAGCUGCUAAAAGGGGCCCACACGAUGCCCAGUCCUCUUUUCACUGUCGCGUUUUUGACUGCUUCCUUGAUUCAGGUCUUUACCUUGCUGUGUAUAGCUGACUGUGUGGUCCACUGUUUGUGGCGGCGGGGUAAAGACCCUGACAGUUACUCAAUACCCUAUCUCACAGCUCUUGGUGAUCUUUUGGGGACUGCUCUUCUCUCCCUUACCUUCCUUUUGCUUUGGUGCAGUGGAGAUGUUGGCGGAGUAUAAAUUCAAGAGGAAUGUGAUACAACUGAAAUGGGUGUGUUUCAAUAUGAGACUUAAAAAAAAAACCUGUUGUAUAGUUUGUAAGAUUCUGACAGCAUAGAGUUGGACAGACAAAAACCUACAGAUGCACACACAGAUGCACAUUUAAAUAGCAGACAAAUCUAGUCCAAAUAAACAUUAAAUGCUGUUUUCAAAUGAUGAUUUUAUUUAUUAAUGGAAAAAAUAUUUCACAUUAGCAUUAUGUAAUAGUAAUGUGUUUUCAUGUUACAAAAUGCAAUCAAAGGAGUUCCGCCUAUUUGAUAACACCACACUGUGUGUGCCUAAAGAAUUUGAGUCAUUUUGAUGUCAGCUACUAAAGUAGCAAAGGUUACAGCAUUGAGUAAUGUUUUACAUACAGUGAAGAAAAAAAGUAUUUGAAGAGCCUCCUAUAUUGGAAGUUCUCCCACUUAGAAAUCAUGGAGGGGUCUGAAUUUUUCAUCGUAGCUGCAUGUCCGCUGUGAAAGAGAUAAUCUAAAAAGAAAAAUCCAGAAAUCACAAUGUAUGAUUUUUAAACGAUUUAUUUGUGUGAUACAACUUCAAAUAAGUAUUUGAACAACUGAUAAAAACAAUGUUAAGAUUUGGGACUGUAGCCUUUGUUUGCAAUUACAGAGGUCAAACGUUUCACCAGGUUUGCACAUACUGCAGGAGGGAUUUUGGCCCACUCCUCCACACAGAUCUCUAGAUCAGACAGGUUUCUGGGCUGUCACUGAGAAAAAGAGUUUCAACUCCCUCCAAAGAUAUUCUAUUUGGUUUAGGUCUGGAGACUGUCUAGGCCACGCCAGAACCUUGAUGUGCUUCUUAUAAAGCUACUUCUUGGUUUUCCUGGCUGUGCGCUUCAGGCCAUUGUCAUGUUGAAAGACCCAGCCAUGACCCAUCUUCAAUGGUCUGACUGAGGGAAAGAGGUUGUUCCCCAAAAUCUCACAAUACAUGGCCGCGGUCAUCCUCUCCUUAAUACAGUGCAGUCGUCCUGUCCCAUGUGCAGAAAAACACUCCCAAAGCAUGAUGCUACCACCCCCAUGCUUCACAGUAGGGAUGGUAUUCUUGGGAUAGAACUCAUCAUUCAUCUUGCUCCAAACACGAUUAGUGGAAAUAUGACCAAAAAGUUCCAUUUUGGUCUCAUCUGACCACAAAACCUUCUCCCAUGACUCCUCUGUAUCAUCCAAAUGGUCAUAGGAAAAAUUAAGAAGGGCCUUGAUGUGCUGGUUUAAGCAGGGGAACCUUCUGCGCCAUGGAUGAUUUCCAACCAUGACGUCUUAGUGUAUUACCAACAGUCACUUUGGAAACGGUGGUCCCAGCUCUCUUCAAGUGAUUGACCAAGUCCUGUCGUGUAAUCCUGGGCUGAUUGCUCAUCUUUUUAAGGAUCAUUGAGACCCCACGAGGUGAUAUCUUGCAUGGGGCUCCACUCCGAUUGAGAUUGACCGUCAUGUUUAGCUUCUUCCAUUUUCUAAUGAUUGCGCCAACAGUGGACCUUUUUCACCCAGCUGCUUGGAGUUGAACAAUUUUGUCUGUGGUGUCUUGGGACAGCUCUUUGGUCUUGGCCGUGUUACAAGUUUGAGUCAUACUGGAUUGUAUGGGGUGGAGGGGUGUCUUUAUGCAGCUAACGACCAGCUAAACAGUUAAAUCUGACUCAGGAUAAUGCAUGGAGUGGAGGUGGACUUUUAAAGCCGGACUAACAGGUCUUUGAGGGUCAGAAUUCUAGCUGACAGACAGGUGGUCAAAUACAUAUUUGCACCUGUAUCACACAAUUGUUAAAAAAAUCAUAUGUGUUUUCUGGAUUUUUCUUUUUCAUUAUCUCUCUCACAGUGGACAUGCACAUACGAUGAAAAUUUUAUACCCCUCCAUGAUUUCCAAAUGGGAGAACUGGCAAUAUAGCAAGGUGUUCAAAUACUUAUUUUCUUCACUGUAAUUCAGUAAAAGCAGAAGUAGGAAACCACAAGAGGAAAUGUGACAGUUAAAAAGAACAUGUGAGUGAGUGACAAAUGUUCCAUUGAGCUGAAAGCCAGGUUAAGUCAAUUGGGGAAAAUAGAGAAGUGUUUUCCUUGUUUUGUGGAGGUAAUGCAGAAGUGAAAUGAGAGUGUGAAUCAGAAGGCGACUUACAGUUAAGAAAGGAAACUCAGUUUAGAAUAUAGGAGUUUUGGAAACUAUAUAAGAGUUUAGCAGUAGGCAGGAGUUUUGAGUAAUUCAGUUCCUCCAUGUAUGUCUGCUGGGUAGAGUCAGAGACUUAGUUAUUAUCCCAGAAUAAUGCAGUACAAUAAAUGGUAAAGGCUAUUCUUGCCUUUCCCCUCUUCCCAUCAAAUGUACACACAGAGGACUGCCAGAGGGAGGUAAGGUUUCUUCUUAACUGAAUUGAGUACCAUAAUUUCUCGAGUAUAUUGCAUCCUGAAGUAUAAUGCGCACCCCCAAAGUUGACCUAAAAAAAAUCAGGAAAACCCUUCUACCAAUGUACAAUGCACACCACCAGUUUGCUGCUAUCCCUAAACUCAAAAUUAGGAGUUAUCUGUAUUUCUAUUUUUGCUAGGUUUAUACUUUUAUUGUUUGUACUUAUAUUGUUUUUCAAAAAUUGUCCGUACAACAAUCAUUAAUAAUAAUCUUUGUGCAUGUACUAAUGCAGUGGUAAUAUAUAUCUCAGGACAGGCCACAGGACAUGCUUGUUCUGGACCCUGCAAUUGUUAGAACAGAAUCCCUCAACCAACUAAAAUAAAUGCUCAACAAUGGCAUAACAUUUUAUUAAUACUGUUGAUAACACAUAUUACAGUCUUAAACUAUUUAAUACUGUUUAACAUAAACAAUUUUUGCAUUAAAUAUUUGUGCAUAAAACAUUUGUGUGUGGUGCAGUUCAUCCUCUACAUUACACAUCCUUGGCCAAGACUUAAAAAAAAGCUUCUGACUCAUCUGAAUCUGAAAUCUGAAAAAUAUCCAUCGUGGCUACCUUUGGUGUGGAACUCAUUAUUGGUCCAGUUCUGAUGCCUCCUGCAUUCAUGAACAGUGAUCCCAUCUUGCUCCCACAUGUCAUCCUCUGUGCCAUUCAUGGCGUUAGUGAGGAAACAUUUUUAGAAUCCCAAGAGUCUUGGUUCCCUUUAUUUCUCAUUAUUGUCAGUGCUUUGAGUGUAAGGUCCACCAUGCUAACAGCGGAGCCUCUUGUCCCCGUAGCGUCAGGUUGCGAUCAAAACGAAAGCUCAAACUACAUAGAAAUUAACGUAAUGGGCAGUUUUUAAAAAGGUGAGCAUAUCAAUUGUGUGCCCUAUUAGAAUUAUUGCUUUAUCAUGCAUUUGUUUCCAUCAUCUUUGCCUGACUCAUUUUCUUUGCGAGCGGCUGUGUGACCCAGAGUGUGACCCAGCGACUCAUGGAAAGGGGACACCCCCUUGCUGACUUCAAAGCAGAUACUCCUCAAUGCCAAAUUCAAGACCUCUUCUGUCCCUAAUUAUUUGCACAUUUAGUCCAGCGAUUGGGUGUGAACCUGACAUGCGCUAUCCCAUUUUUUUUCUUUUUUUAAACAAUCAGUCAUACUACGUAGCUUCAGCUUACAUUGCUUUUCUUCCAGUUUGGUCGUGUCAUCGGCAGGAGCGAUGACACAUUUCUUUUAAAACCAGCUGCACAACUAGCCCUUGUCAAGAUUUUUUGUCUUUGUUUAAGUUAAAACAAACUCAGGGUCAGUU